ACCUACUAUAUUAUACACAUACGCAACAUAGUACGAGCACAUAGAUAACAAAACAUACGCGCAUUCAAUACGGGUUCGGUAGACAGACAAACAGCGUAGUUUAUAGUUAUAUAAUGACAGGGAAAUACCCGCUUAUCGUUAUGGAGCCGCCCGUCUUUAACUUUUAUUCCAAUUCUUUUAAUAAUAAUAGGUAUUCAAUUUUAUAUAAACUGCAUUAGUCAUUACUGAAUUGUUGGACAGUGGACACAUGGACGAUACACGGGCAGUAUAAUUUUUAAAUCUUGACGACAGGUUAUAAGUUGUAACAAUGGCUGAUGGUAGGAAAAGAUUAAGUGGACAUGAGUACAAAAGAUUGUCGAAAUUAAAAAACGAAAAAGAAAAAAAUAUUUUAAAUAAAACUCCAAAAUUGCAUACGUAUUUAAAAAAAAAAUCCUGAUUCGAAUAGUGGUGAAAGCAUAGAAGUAGAAACCCAACAAGUUGAAAUAAAUACAAUUAUUGAUAAUAAUUCUGAAAAAAUGUAGACACAGAAAAAAAUUUCAAUAAAUCCGAACAUUUACUUCCAAUUUUUUUUGAAACCGAUCCCGAUAAAUGGUUAAUUAAUGAAUCUUUUCGUAACUAUGUAGCAAAACAUGGCUUAAAUCAAAAUCUAACCGAUGAUUUUUCUUAUUCCGGUCGAAAAUAUAAUGACAAAACACGGUAUUUAACAAAAGUUUUUCAGAGGAAAAUGUUAAAUGGUGAACUUGCAUUACGUUCAUAGCUUGUAUAUUCUAAAAGUAAAGGUGUAGUAUUUUGUGGGCCUUGUCGUUUAUUUGAAAAAAGUUUAAACAAAAUUCAACUUGUAACAGAGGGUUAUAAUGACUGGAAAAAUGCCAAUCAGCGUUUCAAUUGGCAUGAAAAUAGUCAAGAACAUAAAAAUUCAAUUAUAACAUAUAAUUGCGAGGUAAAGAACCCGGAAAAAUUGAUAACAGUUUAGUACUACAACUACAGGAAGAGACUAUAUACUGGAGAAAUGUUUUGAAAAGAGUAGUUGCUACAAUAAAAUCACUAACUUCUCGUGGAUUACCGUUACGUGGUCAUAAUUCUAUUUUUGGUUAUAAUCACAAUGGAAACUAUAUGAUGUUUUUAGAAUUAUUAAAUCAAUUCGAUUAAUUUUUAGCAGAUCAUAUUGCACGUUUUAGUAAUAAAGGAAGCGGUACAACUUCUUAUUUAUCACACGGUAUUUGUGAUGAGUUUAUACAAUUAAUUACGAAAAAAAUGAAAAAUACUAUAAUACAAGAGUUAAUGAAAUCUAAAUACUUUUCAAUAAGCGUAGAUUCUACCCCAGAUAUCUCUCAUGUCGACCAACUUUCUUUUAUGGUGAGAUAUGUACAGCAUAACGGCUAACCUAUUGAACGUUUUUUAUGUUUCACUCCUAAUACAGGACACAAAGCUGAACAAUUAGUAGAUGCUAUUUUAAAUAUUUUAAAGGUUCAUAACAUUGAUAUUGCUAAUUGUCGAGGACAGGCAUACGAUAACGCCAGUAAUAUAUCCGGCAUUUAUACAGGUUUGCAGGCCCGAAUAAAAGUAUUAAACCCCUUAGCUUAUUUUGUACCAUGCGCUGCACACUCUUUAAAUCUAGUAGGAACAUCUGCCGCAGAAUGUUGUAGUGAUGCAUCUUCAUUUUUUGGACUUAUUCAACAACUUUACAAUUUUUUCACAGCAUUUACUCAUAGAUGGAAUAUUUUACACGACAAUAUGAAGCAAAAUUCAUACACACUUAAAUCCUUAUCAAUAACUAGAUGGUCAGCUCGCGCGGAUGCAUGUAGAGCUUUAAAUGCAUCAUGGUCAGAAAUAAUAAACUCAUUAUCACUUAUUAAAAAUAAUGAAAACGAAAAAUGCAUUACCAGAAACGAAGCCAAAGGUCUUUUUAAAAGUUUACAAUCUUUGGAAACCGCAUUUUUGACCGUGUUUUGGACAUAUGUAUUAGAACAGUUUAAUAUAACUAACAAAACUUUACAAGGUACUGCAAUUGAUAUUGGUACUGCUUCAAAGUUAUAUACAUCGCUUAUUAAUCUUAUUCGAGAAACUCGGGAUAGAUUUGACUAUUUUGAAGAACAAGCAAAAACUAUGUCAGGAAUUGAAUUAUAUCAAGAUGGAAAGUCCCGUCUAAAAAAAAAGGAAAGUAUUUUAUGAUAAAAAAAGCGAUACUGAUACAUCAAUGAAUGGUCGUGGAAAGUUUAAAAUAUUUACAUUUUAUGUGGUUAUUGAUCGAAUAGCAAGUGAAUUAGAAAAAUGGCGACAGGCUUAUGAUUUUUACUACACAAAAUUUAUCGUACUCCACAAGCUUAUUUCUUUAAGUGUUUCGGAAAUAAUAGAAUUUGCCAAUAAGUUACAAGAAUGUUACAAAGAUGAUAUUAAAAAAGCAUUUUCAACAGAAUGUAUACAUUUUAAAUCCUAUUUGGAAUCUUCAAAUAAACAAAUUAAUUGCAUUUCUCCUCUACAAAUGUGUAAAUUAUUACGAGAAGAUUCUCUUACGGACGUGUAUCCUAAUAUAGAUAUAGCACUUAGAAUAUAUGUUUGUACUCCAACUUCUAACUGUACUACUGAGCGUUCUUUUUCAUGUCUUAAACGAAUCAAAAAUUAUUUAAGAUCGACUAUGGGCAGUGAAAAACUCAAUAGUUUGACUAUAUUGAAUAUCGAAGCGAAUUUACUGUCGACUUUAAAUUGCGAUGAUUUAAUUGAUGCAUUUGCCGAGGAAAAAAG